AUGUUGGCAAAUAAAACUGAAGUUAAAAAUUAUUCGACAACAAACAAUGUCGAAUAUCUUACAUCACCAUCAACAUGUACUGUUGAAAGUUUUCAUUCAUCAGAUUUUAAUAUUACUAGUGAUCCAUUGACUAAUUGGAAAGAAACUUAUCAAAAUUCAUUAUCAAGCUAUGAUGUUGAUGAAUUAACUAAUCAAUUAGGUGUAAUAGAUUAUAGUAAGUGUUCUCUAGAUCGACAAGAUUCAAAUUCGGAACAUAUUCAACAUAAUAAUAAUGCACAAAUUCCUUAUGAACAAGAUACGACGAUGGAAAAUUUAAAAUCACCUAUAUCACUUUCAUCAGACUCUGUUACUAAUGAUGAAAAUCAUUCUUCUAAAAAUUCAUCACUGAUUAGCACUCAUGAAUAUUCACCUGUUCAAUCUCCCAUUAAUUCACCUCAUAUCGUUGCAACUGUCGAACAACAAGAAUCAUUACCACAAAAGGCUCAAUCUGUAAUUAUUGAAAAUUGGUCUUCCUAUGAAACAUCUUCUGAACGAUCUGUUACAGUCGAACAAAUUCAACAAUUAAUACAAAGAGUAGCAUCAGAAAGUACAGCUUAUACAUAUGAUGUUCCUCAUACUGAUGUUGUAGGAAAUUUUCAUCACAUUAUAACUAUUAUUAAAGAUCCACAUAUGUAUGAUGCUCAAAAUGAUUCAAAUAUAGUAUCAAAUGGAUAUGUUAUAGAUACAGAGCCAACAUUUAGUAUGGGAAAUGAUAAUGUACAAAUGACUCAUAUGGAACCAACACCUUUUUCAUCAAUAACAAAUCAUUAUCAUGAUUUCCAAGUUAUCGACUCGAAUGUUAAUAGUCAACCACUGAUAACUUACGAAAAAAAUGAUGAAUCAAAUACAUCUCAAUUGAUAAUAGACGAAAAUGGCGAAUACAUAGAAAUACCUGCAGAAGAAAUCAUCUUACCUGAUGAAUGUCAUUCGAAUACAAAUGAUGUUUAUCAAUCAAAUGUUUUACAUGAAGAAUAUAUUUAUAAUUAA